AUGGAUUCCGUAAAAGUUUCUUUUGAGAAUUUUGAGAGAACAUCUGCUCUCAUGGUUUUACUUGCAUUUAACUAUAUUGAUAAACCAUCCCUUGAUCAAGUUGAACAAUGCAUUGAACAUUGUGACUUGAUACUCUAUAACUCAGAAAAGCUAGAACCGAGUGAUCUUACUUGCAUGGCCAUGAUUCUCUUUAAUAUCUAUAAGAAACAACCUUGUUUAGAAUUGCUUGGAGAUGCUUUCAUACUUUCCAGCUUUGCAAAUGUAGUUGAUCCUCUGGGAGCUGAAACUCUCAUGUUACAGAUAGGAAAUUCAUUCAUUGUAAAAUUCAAACAGACAUUUUCUCCACUGUUAUCCCAACUUGUAGAGUUUCUUUCUAGAAGGAUAUCAACUUCAAAUUUGGGGUCAUUGUUGUUCUCUUCUGACACUUUUUGUGAAAUACUGUAUAGUAAUAUUACAAGAAACCUAAGACCAGAUAUUAUUCCUUCAUCUUCUUUCAAGUUUGGUGAAGAUUUAAAAUGUGUAUCACGAAAAGAGUUCAAAUCACAAAAUUUCCUUGAGGAUUUAUUACGAAUUGGAAACUCUAACGACUCAAACCAGCAGAUGUUAAGUUUGUACAAAACCAUCAACAGUACAUUCCUUUCAAUUGAUUCUUUCCAAACCAAAGCUCACAAACUGGCAUUAGUUUGUCAACUUGUUGUCAAGAAUAAGUUAGAAAUGGAUAGAAAUGAGUUGUUGAAUGCUUUGUUAGUCUGUAUUCAUAAUUUCCAUCUUGUUUUUGAAACACAGUCCUUUUCACACAUUUCCCACUCUUCAGAAUCGAUGCCUGUUAGUGGAAGCAAUACUCUCUGCUUCGAUUUGUAUUACUUUUCUGUUUUUCAAUUUUACAACUUGUUGACAGACCUCACUACUCUCAAAUAUCCUGCAGCUGAGAAUUGUUUCUAUUUCAAAAAUAUCAACAAUAGAUUCUUACAGUUUUUAUGGAAGAAAGUUAUUGAGAACUUACAACUUCUUCAAAACAAGAUUAGUGCAAGGCAGCAACCCAAAGAUUUUAAAGAUCACUAUUUAACAUCUAUUCUGUCAUCAUCUUUUGAGGACACACAUAAACACCAGUUGGAGGAGAUUAAAUCAAAUAUUGAACAGAUUAUGAUCCUAGCAGAAGAAAAUCAAAGGACAAUUGAUCUUCAAAUAGAGAAGGCCAAGGACAGAUUAAACCAUUUGAAUCAAUCGAAUCUUACUUCUCAAGAGAUUCGAAUCAUUAAAAGCUUUGGUACAGAAAUGCAAUCUUUAACUGGGAUUGAAUAUGAGUAA